UAAAAUUUGCUACACAAUGUGUACUCGUUCUGUUACCUGCGAAUGAAACGAGAGGCUAAGUGUAAGGCUCAGAGAUAAUGGCGAUGCGAUGCCUCGUCUCUCUCACCUCCCCUUCGAUCUCUCGUGAUCAGGUGAACUCCAGAGGCUUCUCCUCCCUCGUCCCCAAUUCCCCCAAUUCGAUCUCGCCCGAAACCCUAUCGCCCCUCUCGACAAGAGGAGCGAGCCGCGGGACUCGCCUGUUGGGACGACCUAGGGUUUCGAUCGAGGGCGAUCUCCGCACGAGGGAGGUCGACGGGGCCGAGGAAUCCGAUGGCCCUGAUUUUGGCGUCGUUAGUAUCCAUCAUGUUGGAUUACUAUGUGAAAACCUGGAAAGGUCCCUCGCCUUCUAUAAGGACCUUCUUGGUCUCGAGAUAAAUGAGGCGAGGCCAAAUGAUAAGCUUCCGUAUAGAGGGGCUUGGCUUUGGGUGGGUUCUGAGAUGAUCCACUUGAUGGAGCUGCCAAAUCCUGAUCCAUUGACAGGGCGUCCUGAACAUGGCGGUCGAGAUCGUCAUGCUUGUAUUGCAAUUCGAGACGUGUCCAAGCUUAAAGCUAUCUUUGACAAAGCUGGAAUUAGCUACACUCUUAGUCGAUCCGGGCGCCCGGCAAUCUUUGCACGAGACCCAGAUGGAAACGCGCUGGAGUUUACGCAGGUGGAGUGAUGGCUUCUUCCUUUCAAAUACCUAAUCAGGCGAACCAUCAGUAUCUAAAUUGUGCUUCUUCCACCUAAAUGUCGUCCCCCCUUCGCAGAUUUAUGUUCAAGAACAAUGUACAUAAAUAUUUUAUUUGUCACAAUUCAUAGACAUCAUGAUACUACUCUCUCUGUAUCUCUUGCCCUGUUUAAGCCCAGUAUGGAAUGAAGGAAAUCUUAUGUAUUGACUA